AUGGCCUCUGACAUGCAUUCUUCCGCAGGUGCCAUCGAGCUCAAGGACAACACCGUCAUCGUUGUCCUGGGCGCCUCGGGCGACCUCGCAAAGAAGAAGACAUUUCCCGCGCUCUUUGGACUCUACCGAAACCAGUUCCUGCCCAAGGAUAUCAAGAUUGUCGGCUAUGCGCGCACGAAGAUGGACGCCGACGAAUACAAGCGCCGGAUCAAGUCGUACAUCAAGACGCCGACCAAGGAUAUUGAACAGCAACUGGAGGAGUUUUGCUCAAUCUGCACAUACGUUUCGGGCCAGUACGACCGGGACGAGUCCUUUACGCAGUUGAACAAGCACCUUGAAGAGCUGGAGGCCGGUCGCAAGGAGACUAACAGGCUUUUCUACAUGGCGCUGCCUCCUAGUGUCUUCACCAUCGUGUCGCAGCACCUGAAGAAGUGCUGCUACCCAUCGAAGGGCAUUGCCCGUGUCAUCGUCGAGAAGCCGUUUGGCAAAGACUUGGCAAGCUCUCGCGAGCUGCAGAAGUCGCUCGAGCCUGACUGGAAGGAGGAUGAGCUAUUCCGGAUUGACCACUAUCUUGGUAAAGAGAUGGUCAAGAACAUUCUCAUUCUUCGUUUUGGCAACUCGUUCCUGGGCGCCACCUGGAACAGGAGCCAUAUCGACAAUGUCCAGAUUACAUUCAAGGAACCCUUUGGCACCGAGGGUCGCGGUGGGUACUUUGAUGAGUUUGGCAUCAUUCGCGAUGUCAUGCAGAACCACUUGCUCCAAGUCCUCACGCUCCUUGCCAUGGAACGGCCCAUUUCGUUCUCGUCUGAAGACAUUCGAGACGAGAAGGUGCGAGUUCUUCGUGCGAUUCCGGCAAUCGAGCCCAAGAAUGUCAUCAUCGGUCAGUACGGAAAGUCUCUUGACGGCAGCAAGCCGUCGUACAAGGAGGACGACACUGUGCCCAAGGACUCGCGCUGCCCCACAUUCUGCGCGCUCGUUGCCUACAUCAAGAACGAGCGGUGGGAUGGUGUCCCGUUCAUCAUGAAGGCAGGCAAGGCGCUAAAUGAGCAAAAGACGGAGAUCCGUGUGCAGUUCAAAGAUGUUACUUCGGGGAUCUUUAAGGAUAUUCCCCGGAACGAGCUCGUGAUGCGCAUUCAGCCGAAUGAGAGCGUCUACAUCAAGAUGAAUUCGAAGCUUCCCGGCCUGACCAUGCAGACUGUUGUCACAGAGCUUGACCUGACAUACAGGAGAAGAUUCUCGGAUCUGAAAAUCCCAGAGGCUUACGAGUCUCUGAUUCUCGACUGCCUGAAGGGCGAUCAUUCGAACUUUGUCCGAGACGACGAACUCGAUGCUAGCUGGCGGAUUUUCACGCCUCUUUUGCACUAUCUAGAUGACAACAAGGAAAUCAUCCCGAUGGAGUAUCCGUAUGGCUCCCGAGGGCCUGCUGUUCUGGACGAUUUUACAUCGUCGUACGGAUACAAGUUCAGCGAUGCUGCAGGAUACCAAUGGCCGACGACAUCGGCUCUGGGUCCGGGAAACAAGUUGUGA